AUGAGGUCAGAGCAUCGGGUCUUUUUCCUAGAAGCUGGAGGAAGAGGAAUUUGGAAAAAGGCGGCUCCAACGUGUCCAGCUGACUUUCGUCCUCACAUUCCGGUCAAGGGAGGAGUGUGUAUUGAUGGGGUUAUAUAUUACCUGGGUUGGACUGAUUCGUAUAAUUCUGUGCUUGUGAGUUUCCACAUUAGAUCCGGAGAAUUCAAAAUGAUCCAAGUACCUCGCAGGGACGGAGAUGAGCUGCGUUCAAGGGUCACGGAUGUGAGUCUUAUAGAGUAUGGUGGCAAAGUAACUCUUAUUGUCCAAAGCAAUCUUAGAGAAAAGGGUAGACUUGAUUUAUGGGCCGUCGAAGAUGCCGGGAGCAAUAAAUGGUCGAGGAAGACUCUAGUUUUGCAGCCUUCUCAGCUACAUUUAGUCAAUAACGACACUAUAUUCAAAGUCAAUGGUACAACUCAAAAUGGCAAGGUUUUCUUGAUACCAGAGAAUUUGUUUUCUCCAUUUCACAUUCUCUGUUAUGAUCUUCAAAGCAAUGAUAUGAGAAAGAUCGAAAUCAAAGGUGUACCUGACCACUGGUUUAGCAAGGACAAAAUGAACGUUAUAGUGACGUUGAUGGAUCACAGUGAGCGUCUUCUUAACGUGAUGCAUACGGGGUAA